CCCUCCACCUCCCGGCCACCCUCGCCUCCGGCGCCACCGCCAAGUCCCCUCCCAAUUUGUGUGCACGCCCCGACGGCCUGCUGCGGAACUUCGACGUCCUCGCCGGGUUCCUUGCGUUCCUGUGAUAUACGGUCAGAAGAACUCCUUGUUUAUUGAGCAAUCAUGGUGGUGUCGACGGCGCCAUCUCCACAUCGGGACUGCCCUAUUGAAAUCCUCGAUGGAGAUGUUGUCCCUCCACUGCCUCCCUCACAUGCUGAAGCUGUGGUUUCUCCGUCGCUUCCCUCCUUGAUUGGAGCUGUUGUUUCGUCACCUUCCGCUUCAGCAAGGGCUCCGGCAACCUUGCCGCGCCCUUUCCUAUCCUCCAAGAACAAAGGGCAUGCAUCCAAGAACAAAGGGCAUGUGUCAACUGAUGAAGUCCAUGCAGCUGCAACACUUUGUUCCCUUGUCCCAAUGACCCAAGAUCCUCACCAAGGUUACUUAGGAGAAAAGCAAAGACUCGCAAAGAAGAGCCUGAGGUCACUGUUACUGGUGCCCAUAGUGGGAUCCCCAGGGGUUAAUGUCGUGUUAUCUCAGGCAUCUCCAAGAUUAGGUGUGAAACGAUCAUCGCCAACACUGCCUCAGAUUCCUCAACCUCCGUUCAGUAUAUUUGGAGACCCUCGGCAUCAGUAGCAGUAUAUUUGGAGACCCUCGGCACCGGCAUCCGCAGCAGUAUUAAGCCCAGAAGAUCAAGCUUUUUGUACAAGUGACGAAGCAUCUGAAGCUUUUUGUAUAUUAUCAGUCACUUUCAUAUCAGGAGUCUCCUGAUUUAGCUAUAGUAGUUAAUUGAAUUCUUGCUAUCUUGUUGAAUUUAGCUGUAGUAAUUCAUG